UUAUUAAGUGCUUUUAAUAAAACGAAUUGCAAUACCACCUGGCUCGAAUAUCUUCAAAUAUUAAUUAUUCACCUCUUUUUUUCUUUUUUUUUCAUAACGCUUAUCCUUCGUCAACUGCCAGCCCGAGGCAUAUGGGAAUGAACAGGAGCAAUUUGUUCGCCCGUCUAUGAACAAGUUAUCCUCAGUCAGUAAUUUCCGUGGAUAAUCUUUGUGUUUUACAGUCUGACACAUUUAAACUGGUUGAGGAGCCCGUCAGUACUUUCCUCUCACUAUUACACCAUCUGACCUUUUGAGGACACAAAUACUGGUUAAGAGUGUCACCUGCUUCAAGAGUCAGGCCCCUGUCUAGUAUAGAGUGUACAGUAUUAUCCAAAUUUAAGAUGUCCCACCUGCAGUUUGAUGCCAAUCUGAACGAAGCAUUAAGGAUGGAUGGAGAGCUGACGCGAGGGCCAAUACCACGCUGGCAACGCAAAGCUCAGGAACAAGGCAUCCACUCGUUGAACGUCAAUGAAAACAGUUUUAUAAACAUCUCGGGCUUGGGCACUCCUCAGUCAGCCAAAACUCCACACACCGGGUCCUUCCUUGAUGUCAAUAGCCCCGGAAGGGGGAAAUCUCCAGGUAGAAAUAAGUCUCCCGGGCGUGGUAUUCCCAAGUUAUCGGUACGAGGGGUUGGGCAGAAGACUCCCAGCCGCAAGACACCCUCGACUCCAAUCAACCAGCAGGACAGAUUUAUCCCCAACCGCAGCACCACAGACUUGGAGCGCUCUCACCAUCUCCUGGUAUCUAGCAUGGAGGCAUCUGGGGGAGAGAAGAGUGAGGCGGAUGAGUUGUCUCUUCAACAGAAAGAAUACCAAGAAAAGAUGUCAGAAAACCUGAAUGAUGGCCAGCCACAAGAGUCCAGAAUAUUAUCAUUCAAGAGUAAAGCUCCGCAGGCGAAGGAAGGUUAUGUGAACAACCUCAAAGUGCUGUACAGUGCAGGAAAGCCAACAGUACCCAAGGCCGCCUCAGUACGACACAUCCCCAGUGUUCCUGAGAAAGUUUUGGACGCACCAGAACUUCUUGAUGACUACUAUCUUCAUUUACUUGACUGGAGUGUGAAUAAUCACUUGGCUGUGGCCCUCAGUAGCUCAGUGUACAUCUGGAAUGCAGGUGACGGUGCCAUCACUCCUUUAGUUCAGCUUGAGGCGCCAGAUUAUGUGUGUUCACUGUCUUGGAUUGAAGAAGGUAAUAUUCUAGCCAUGGGUGUAAGCUCUGGAGUGACUAAGCUUUGGGAUGUUGGCCAGCAGAAGUUGGUGCGUACUAUGGGCGGCCACCAGAAUCGCGUCACGACCCUCUCUUGGAGCUCCUAUAUUCUCUCGUCUGGUUCACGGUCCGGACAGAUUUUCCACCACGAUGUUCGCAUCGCGGAUCACCAUGUGGCUACACUUUCCGGCCACACGCAGGAAGUGUGUGGUUUGCAGUGGUCGCCUGAUGGUCGGCAUCUAGGUUCUGGCGGUAAUGAUAAUCAAGUAAACAUCUGGGAGAAAGGCAGCACCACGCCACUACACACACUCACGGAACACCAAGCUGCAGUAAAGGCUGUAGCAUGGUGUCCCUGGCAAAACAACCUGCUUGCUACAGGAGGUGGCACAGCUGACAGAACCAUCCGAAUCUGGAACUGCACCACUGGCAUCUGUCUCAAGGACGUCCAGACCAACUCUCAGGUGUCGUCUGUCUUAUGGUCGUCUCACUACAAGGAACUCAUCUCCGGACACGGGUUCUCAAACAACCAACUAACCCUGUGGAAGUAUCCAACCAUGGCAAAAGUAGCAGAUCUUACGGGUCAUACUGGCCGAGUGCUGAAGCUGUGUAUGUCACCUGAUGGGCAGAUGGUGGUCAGUGCAGCUGCUGAUGAAACAAUCCGCAUGUGGAAGUGCUGGGGUGUUGACAAGAAGGACAAGAAGCAGGCAGGCUCUGGCAAAGGCCAUCCCAUAUCAAUGUUGGCCCGCACAAUACGAUGAGGAUCUUGUGGAUUUUAUUAAUACUUUACAAUUCUCUCUCGGCGAAGACUUCGCAUGAAUCCAAAGACUUGAAGAUUAUUUAGCUUAUUAUGUGCCUGUUUUUAUUUUCUUUUAUACACCUGAAAAUAAUAGUAUUUUGUUAACUUAAACACCUGUCCUUUUUUUUUUCAACUUAACCUUAAGCAAAUAUUCAGUAGAUUGAGGCAGUGCUGUCAUGUAAAUAAAGGCUAGCCUUUUGUUCCUUAACACUUGUAACUGUGGGUCAUAAGUAUAUGGUUAUUUGCUUUCUAAAAUGCCACUCAAGAUGUUGGAGCAUACAUAUUUGUUAUAAUAUACAGCAGAAAAUUUAAAAUCCUGUUGCUUGCUCAUACAUCUAGCUUUGUGCCGAGACUCCUUACAAUGCACAGCAAUUUGUAAACAACCGAUUCCCAUUGAGUUACUAGUAACAUUUUGUAACCAGGGAUAAGUAUUCACUGAGUCACACACACACACACACACACAAAAAAAAAAUAUCCACUGUACAUGAUGCAGGUGCCAGGUGCUACUCUAAUCCUACCACAGCAAAUGGUUUAAUAAAUAAGCUGCUGUCUAACCUGCUAUCUGCCAAAUAGCCGUGUUUUUUUUUUUCGUAAAAAUCUCUAUACAGUACUGUAUAUAUGUUAUAAUAAUUUGUACAUGGGUUACAGGUCAGCAAGAAUUUUUAAGAAGCUGACUUAUCAUUUUAUAAACUUAAGUACAUUCCGAGAUUAAUAAGGUAAAGCAUUAUUCCCCAAGACCUAAAAGAAACAAAGAAAUAUAUUAAAGAAACCAAAAAAUAUUUAUAAAUAAAGCUGAAAUAAAGACAUUCAUCACCUGAUGGUAAUAACUUAGGCAAACUGAAUCAGAACUUUCAUACAAUUGGAAUGUCAUUAAUAAAUUUAUAAAUGAGGGAUUAAUAUCGUGCAAAAUCCCUUCUUUUUAUCUGAAUUUUAAUAAAUAAAUAUUUUAU